ACUUAUGAUGGGGGGAUUGGUGGGGAACCAGGCCUUGAAGCGCACGGCGGGUACGCGUUCUGCGGCCUUGCUGCGAUGGAAAUACUUGGGAAAACGGAUUUGUUAGACAUUCCAUCACUUUUUGUAGGUCGGCCAAAUAAAUUAGUAGAUGGAUGUUAUUCGUUUUGGGUUGGUGCAUUGUUCCCUGUUUUGGAAGCUAUCAUGACACGACAACAGUUAGAAAAAAAUAAUACAAAUUGCGAAGAGCUUCAUGAAUUUGUUGAAGCACUUCAGGAAUAUCUUUUGAUAGCUUGUCAAUAUCCAAAGGGUGGGUUAAUUGAUAAGCCAAAACGUAGUCCGGACUAUUAUCACACUUGCUAUUGCUUAAGUGGUCUAUCGACUUCACAACAUCACGUAAUUUAUGACGUUGAAAAAGCUACAUCUUCAGGCGUAAAACAGGGUGAGCUCAAUGCUGGAGAUAGAUCCUUACUGUGGUCUGAAGACGAGACAAGGAUUUUAAUUCUUGGUGAUCCUAAUAACAUUGUGGUUAGUUGA